AUGUUUAACACAUUCAAGAUCGACCCUGAGACGAACAGCGUCCAGGAGCUCAGGCGGGCCUCUGAUCCCAUCUCAGCCCGGUCAAGCCAGCACCAGGCGUGCAACAACUGCCACGCUAAAAAGCUCAAAUGCAGUGGUGAAAAGAGUGGCUGUGAGCGCUGCAUCGCCAGCCAACUACGAUGUGAAUACACUCGCUCUCCCUCUCGCAGAGGCGGCAGGAAAUCCAGCGGCAGGAACUCCACUGACAGCCGUGGCGGAUCGGAGCUGGCCGGUGGCGACAGCAGCCCCAGCAGCCAAGCUGGCAAGUCAAGGCACAGAAGCAGCAAGCACUUGCAUGCCGUAGCCAGCAGCAGCAGGUCCAGGGCAUCAGCAUCCAGAGAUGAAGAAUAUGGCGAUGCGCUGGACCUAUUCGACCCCACGACGCUCGGUCCUGACGAUGGCUUCGAUCUGCGCUCAUUAUCCUUGGAGGCUUCGGAUGGUGGCUAUGGCAGCGGUACUUAUUACAACCAGCAGCAGCAGCAACAGCAGCAGCAGCAGCAUGGUCAGGGAAGCUGGCAACACAUGUCUUCCAACGACCAGUACGGCAACUUGUCCGGCAGCUCAUACAUGGGCACGUCCAACUCCAGUGGUCAAGACUACGACGUGGACUACUACGGACAUUAUGACGAGUACGGACAGUAUCAUAGCCACCAGAACGACCCCCGAUACUGGGGCGGCCAGCAACAAUAG